GAAUUGACAAAUUCAAUACACAUUCGAAUGAACAUAAACAAAUCACACGCAAACUGCAAGUACCAUAGUUGUGUUCAAUCAACGAAUUUGGUGUGAAAUGGAUCCACGAAUUUCAAAAUUAGAAUAUUCGAAAAUAUACAACAGUUUAGCGAGUGUUCCGGUGAUUUUGCUCAACAAAAAUACAAUCAUUGAUUUAUGGAACGAAACCUCCGUGGCCGGAACAAUUCAAGAUGUUGAUGGAUUCAUGAAUAUCACAAUGACCAAUGUGGUUUUUAUCGAUCAACAAGGACAGAUGAGGCCGCUAGAAAAUUUCUUUAUUCUCGCCAGAAAUAUUAAAUUCAUCCAUAUUCCAAAAGAGAUCGAUGUGACACGGGCUUUAGAAAGACUUUAUUACAAAAAAUCGAAUGAAGCUAAAAAUAAGCGGCCAUCAAAAACAUUCAAGCUGAAACGAGCUCAAUUGAAUCAUUUGCAAACUUUACGGGAAAUUUCUGCCCAAAAUGAUGAGCAGGAGGGACACGAUAACGAAUCUCUAGGAACAUCAACGGAAACCACCUCAUAAAAUGAUACAUUCAAUGAAACGCAUUUGAUUUUUUAGAAAAUAUUAUAAAUUUAACGAAAUUACGAAACUUUUAUUGUCUUAUGUAGAGGUAAAGCCCAUUCAUAUUCGUAUUCGUAUUUGAUCGAUUUGUGAGUAAAGUAACAAGUACAUUUGUAGAAAAGUAUUAUUCCCUUGGAAUCGAUUAGACAUUUCACAAUACUUCGAUGGCAAUGGCAAUUCCCAUUCCACCGCCAACACAUAAUGCAGCGACUCCUUUACGUCCACCAGUUCUCUUCAAUGCAUAGAUUAAUGUAACAAGGACACGACAUCCAGACGCACCAAUCGGAUGACCUGUUAGACAAAAAUUCAACAUCAAAAACUCAUUUGUAUGAAUAAAACCUAAAUUCGAAAUGCAGAAUAUUUACCAAGAGCAA